AUUGGCCAGCGCCCGCCUCUCCACAACCCUAGCUUCCUGAACAAGAUCCACCGGCGGCGCUCCCCGGUCACUCGCUGGUAUCCUCCCCCCUCCUCCUUCUCCUCCCACCGAAGAGCGCCUGCUACCUCGAAGCGGAGGAACCUGGGUCCCUCGCAACCCUCCUCGUCCGACCCACUCUGCUCUGCUGCAGGGUGCUUUGGACAGGUCAUGGAUCAAGAUCGACCUCGCGUUGAAACUGGGCGCGUGCUGUGGUCUGAUGGGAUGGACUUGCUCCAAGAUGCGGCGGAAAGAAAACAUUUACUCCCUACCGGACUUGAAGGCAUUGACACGCUUCUUGGAGGCGGGCUGCGCAAAGGUCAGUUGACAGAAUUAACUGGCCAGUCCUCUUCUGGUAAAACGCAGGCCUGUCUAUACUCUGCUGCACACGUUGCAGCCAGGCAUAUGGGCGCUGUUUUGUACUUGGAUACUAGUAAUUCGUUCUCUCCUAGCCGAAUUGCUCGCAUUCUUGAUGAACUGCCCAUCUCUUUCAUCAAAGAGCCCAAGGACGUGAGGCUUAAGAGGGUCAUGAGCAGCAUCAUCUGUGAGUCUGUAUUCGAUAUAUUUGCUUUGUUUGAAGUACUGAAUCAACUUGAAGUCUCACUGAAUAACAAGGUAAACAACGGUGGUAAAAAGAUAUGCCUGCUUAUCAUUGACUCGAUAUCAUCUCUACUUGCUCCAAUCAUCGGCGGGAAGUAUUCACAAGGACGGUCGAUGAUGAUAUCAGUGGCAAUGAUUCUUAAAAAGUUGGCAGAUAAGCAUAAUCUAUCUGUUCUGGUAACAAAUCAUAUGGUCGCUGGGAAUGGAGCUCCUAAGCCUGCCCUUGGUGAGAGCUGGAAAGCUGUUCCACAUAUUCGUUUGAUGAUCUCGCGUGAUCGUGGGAGCAAUAUCUGCACAGCAACGAUAUUGAAGCACACACUACUGGCUUCUGGCCGUCAUAUGAAAUUUGCGGUACCUGGCUGAAUUUUCUGAACAUGGCGUUCCAGGAGCUAAGCGCUAAGAGCACAACUAAAGGUUUUUUUGAAUAUAUAUUUUCCUACGAGCAAAUAGCAGAGGAAUAUACUACACGAAGGAACACGUGAGACUGACCGAGUACUCUGUUGUCCUGGGAUUAUUUUCCUACCAGGGGGAGACUGCAUCCUCGUCUCACCCGUGCACCGUUGCUGCGUACCAGUACUGGAUAUAUGCAUGUAGUUUUCAGGUGUGUAGCCACCGACGAUCCAUCAAUCCAUGUACACAAACACUAGUAUGUGCGCACAUACGUUCCAGGAAAUGAAAUAUGAAUGUACUGUACGUACAGACCCCUCUCCAAUCCGGUCAAUGUGGAAAAUGCUACUCCCUCAG